GGCCGCUGGAUUGCGGAAGUGAAUGCGGAAGCGACGGCGGCUCUCCUGUGAUCAUGGUGUAACCGAUCUACGUUUGGGUUUUUUUCCGCGGUGGAGACCGAGACCUCCUGGUUCCGAGAGAGACAUGGACGGAGCUCCAAAGUUGAGGGCGGAGUCUGCCCCAUACUGCUGCCCCGCCUGUGAUGCUGCGGAGGCGCCUGGCCGCAGCUUUGCCCGGCGCUACAGGAAGGCCCGCAGCCUGAGCACGUCGUCCGCCAGCAGCUGCUCUGAGUUCAGGAGGACUCAGUCUCUUCAUGGACCCAGCCCCGUCACCACGUUCGGUCCGAAGGCCUGCAUGCUGCAGAAUCCUCAGGCUGUCAUGCACAUUCAGGACCCCGCCAGCCAGAGGCUGACAUGGAACAAACCUCCCAAAAGUGUCCUUGUGGUGAAGAAGAUCCGAGACGCCAGCCUGCUGCAGCCCUUCAAAGACCUGUGUGUGUUCCUCACCGAGGUGAAGGACAUGAUCGUCUACGUGGAGAAGAAAGUUCUGGAUGACCCGGCCAUUUCAGGCGAUGAGAACUUUGGGGCGGUCACUAAGAAGUUCUGCACCUUCAGAGAAGAUCUGGAUGACAUCUCCAACCGCGUGGACUUCAUCAUCUGCCUCGGAGGAGACGGAACUCUGCUGUACGCGUCUUCGCUCUUCCAGGAUAGCGUCCCGCCGGUCAUGGCCUUCCACCUGGGCUCUCUGGGCUUUCUGACGCCCUUCCAGUUCGACGCCUUCCAGUCCCAGGUCACGCAGAUCAUCGAAGGUAACGCCGCCAUCAUCCUCCGGAGUCGCCUGAAGGUCCAGGUGUUCAAGGAGAACUGGGAGAAGAAGGACAGUUCCGAUGAGAAGAACGUCAUCCUGACCAACGGCAGCGAGGAGGGCGGCCGCCCAGCCAUGCAGUACCAGGUUCUGAAUGAUGUGGUGGUGGACAGAGGCCCCUCCUCCUACUUGUCCAACGUGGACUUGUUUCUGGACGGACACCUCAUCACCACGGUGCAGGGAGACGGCCUGAUUGUAUCAACGCCUACCGGGAGCACGGCAUACGCCGUGGCGGCCGGGGCGUCCAUGAUCCACCCCAAUGUCCCUGCCAUCAUGAUCACCCCCAUCUGCCCCCACUCACUGUCCUUCCGACCCAUCGUGGUCCCUGCAGGAGUGGAGCUGAAGAUCACGUUGUCACAGGACGCCAGGAACACGGCCUGGGUGUCGUUCGACGGCAGGAAGAGACAGGAGAUCUGCCACGGAGACAGCAUCAGCAUCACCACGUCCUGCUUCCCCGUCCCCUCCAUCUGCUUCCGGGACCCGGUGAACGACUGGUUCGAGAGCCUGGGUGAAUGCUUGCACUGGAACGUGAGGAAGAAGCAGAACCACCUGGGCUCAGAGGAAGAGGACUUCUGAGGUCCUCUCUGUUUCCAACCGGUUCAGGCUCUGAUGGCCUGGUCCUGAAUUGAAAACCCGUCUGUUCUCCGAGGUCACAGAGCUGCAGAACAGGUUCCUGGUGUUGAUGGUGUUUUUCCUUCUGGACUUGGUCAGACCAGCAGAACCUUCUCUGAAUCUCCGCUUAAAGGCAGAAUUCCCGGUCCGUCAGAAGAGGCCAGACGGAUUCUCCUUCAGGACGACCGCCGUGCCAGAGCUUUAGCCUCAGACCAGCUCCGCCUCCAUGCACAAGCACACCAGGACUGAUGGCUCCACGUGCACAGUGCCUUAAACUCCCGCAGGAACCGUUUACGUCUUUUUUAAAGUGUCCUGCAGACGCACGUCUCUUCAGGACAGAUCUGUCAUUCCUGAUUCAAUGACGUACGUCAGCUCUGAGGGUUCUGUAUGUCCCUCUCUGAUUGUGCUGCCAUUUUCCUUCAAUACAUUCCAGUCUUUCUGGGGGGUGGGGUCUCCUGUCAAAGUGCUUUCUUCAACCAGACAGUCUGAAACUGUCAUGUCAGCAGAUUCUCUGCUGCUGUUUUUACACACUAAUAAAGAACAUUUGAGCUUCUGCU